GCCGGGCCGGGGCGGGGCGGCGCGGCGGGGCCGGCUCCGGGCUCCGCGUCCCCCAGCGCCCCGCCGGCGGCCUUCCGAGGGAGGAGGCGCAGUUGCGAAACUCCCUGACUGCACGGGUUCUGCCUUCUCUGCACUCCCAAGGCCAGAGCAUGCCCUAAGCCCCUGAUGAGCCGCCGCGGGACACUCAGGUGACUGCGUGGCACACCAUGGAACUCAAGGUCUGGGUGGAUGGAGUUCAAAGGAUCGUGUGUGGUGUCACCGAAGUCACGACAUGCCAGGAGGUCGUGAUCGCCUUAGCUCAAGCGAUAGGUCGAACUGGACGGUACACACUCAUCGAGAAAUGGAGAGACACCGAAAGACACUUAGCACCCCAUGAAAACCCCAUCAUUUCCUUAAACAAAUGGGGGCAAUAUGCUAGCGAUGUCCAGCUUAUCCUCCGCCGCACGGGGCCCUCCCUCAGCGAGAGGCCCACCUCGGACAGCGUGGCCCGCGCCCCCGAGAGAACUUUGCACAGGCAGAGUUUGCCUCCUUUAGCCAAACUGCGGCCUCAGAUGGACAAGUCUCUCAAAAGGAGAGAGCCCAAGAGGAAGUCCCUGACAUUUACGGGAGGUGCCAAAGGUCUGAUGGACAUUUUUGGAAAAAGUAAAGAGACCGAGUUUAAGCAAAAGGUGCUGAAUAAUUGCAGAACAACCACAGACGAGCUCAAAAAGCUGAUCCGUUUGCAGACGGAGAAGCUCCAGUCCAUCGAGAAAGAGCUAGAAUCAAAUGAAAUCGAAAUCCGCUUUUGGGAACAAAAAUAUAAUUCUAACCUCGAAGAGGAAAUUGUCCGCCUGGAGCAAAAGAUCAAAAGAAACGAUGUCGAAAUCGAGGAGGAAGAAUUUUGGGAAAAUGAAUUACAGAUUGAGCAGGAAAAUGAGAAACAGCUGAAGGAUCAACUUCAGGAAAUAAGCCAGAAAAUAACAGAAUGUGAGAGCAAAUUGAAGGGCUAUGUGGCCCAGAUCCAGACUAUGGAGAGUGGGCUGGAGGCAGAGAAACUGCAGCGGGAGGUUCAGGAGGCUCAUGUCAAUGAAGAGGAGGUGAGAGGAAAGAUUGGCAAGGUCAAGGGUGAGAUUGACAUCCAGGGCCAGCAGAGCCUGAGGUUGGAGAAUGGCAUCCGAGCCGUGGAGCGGUCUCUUGGGCAAGCCACCAAGCGGUUGCAGGACAAAGAACAAGAACUGGAGCAGCUGACCAAAGAGCUGCGGCAGGUCAACCUUCAGCAGUUCAUCCAGCAGACGGGGACGAAGGUGACUGUGCUGGCUGCAGAGCCCACGGACGGGGACAUUCCCCCUGGGGUCCUGGAACGGGAAGCCCUGUUCCAGUCUGGUUCCCUGAAGCGGCCCGGCACGUUGCGGCAGCUCCCCAGUAGCCUGCGUCUGCUGCAGAGCCCCAUCUCGGCCAGCUUUAACCCGGAGGGAAUCUACGUAUAGCACUGCCCCAGGAGAGAGACCCCCUAAUGGUGCCAUGAACAGGUUAAUCCCCUUCGAUUUGUGCCAAUGAUGAACAGAGGAUCUAUUUCACAAACCACAGUUUCUUUUUUUUU